CUCCCUACCCCCUCCCCUAGAUGGCAAGCAGUCCUUUAUAUGUUGGAUAUGUUGCAGUAUAUCCUAGAUACAAUAUAUGUUUGCAGAACCGAACAGUUCUCUUGUUGCGUAGGAGGAAGCAGAUUUCCAGUAGCCAAGGAGUCGGGACCUUGGGCACCUUCCUCUGAUUCCUUUCCCAGCGAUGUCCAAGGCUGUCAGGGAGGAAGGGCUCACAUUCUGGGGGAGACGGUUGCAGUUGGGGAGGUUCCUGUAAACCAAGAGGUGUGAGAGCAAGAGCCAGAUUUAACAAAAGCUCCCAAGAAUGACCACUAAGGUUCAAAGGGCAGCUCCUGGGUCCCCGGGCCAGGACUGAGAGCUCGGCCAUGACCUCCUUGGAUUCCCGCACGAGGCUGAGGGGGGAGCAGGCGCUGGGAUUACCCGAGCUGUACAGCCUGAGGCACAGGGGACUGCUUCAGGGUCACCUGUCAUCCAGGGGGGGACACUGAGGCACAGAUGGGGAGGGUGGAGAGUACGCUCCAGAAUCCCACUCGGUCCAGGGGAGAAAACUGAGGGGGUGGGGGAGGGGAUGGUUCCAGGAUCAAAGUCAUCCAGGGGAAGACACUGAGGUGCUCCGGGCUGGGGGAAGGUGGGGGGACAGGAGGGAGAAAGGGCCUCACAUCUCCCAGGGCUCUGAAGCCAAAUGUGAACCUAAAGCCACUGCUGUAGGCCUAGCAUUCUGCUCCCACCCCACGCCUCCAAUGCCCGGGGUCUCCCCUGUGCCCCCAAUGAUGACGUCUGUCCCAGCAUGUUCGAGCACUUUGAGCAAAACUCGGUUCUCAUCCCCUGACUCAGUUUCCCGGUCUGUAAUAACGGGCCAGCUCCACUUCUAAAGGAGCCGUGAGCACUCAUUGGGCGCCAACUAUGUACCCAGCAGUGUCCUGAAUGCCGGGGGUCAGAGGGCGGGCACGGGGCCGCUCACACUCUAACCCCAGAACCGGAAGUAGAAAAGGGAGUGGGGAAGGGGGAGCCCAGAGCAGGAAGAGAAUGACGUCACCAGCCCUCCCCGGCCAGGGACCCUCGAGCACGUGGCCCGGCAGAAUGCCUCCCACUGACAUCGGGGACCCCCUCGGCGCCUCUCCCGCCGCCGCCGCGUCCCAGGGCAUGCUGGGAGUGUCCCGGGGCUCAGGCGCGGCUUCCUGCUUUGGGCGUUUCCUUCAGUUCUGCGCGGCGCGAGGCGAGAAGGCAGCAGGGCGUGUGUGCGCAGGCGCGGCCUCCGCGGCCUCCCCCGCCUUCCCCCUCUCCGCAGCUGUCAGUGUCAGGGCGCGUGGCCGAGGCCCCGAAAGCGGGCGCGCGCGUGCGGGUUCCGAGGGGGCGCCGCGCGUGCGGAGAAGGUUGGGCAAAAGUGCAGUAGCCCCGCGGGGGGGCGCGAGCCACCUUGUGAUUGCGCGUGGCUGUGGAACCGCCCCGGGGCCCCGAGCCGUCAGCACCAGCCCGGGCAGAGGAGCCUCAGACCCCGGCCUCCCUCCCUGGGGCCCCUCUCCCUCCCCCGCCCGGCUGGCAGAGCGCCCAAGCCCGGAACCAGAGACAUGGCCCCCGGCAGCCGGAGCCCCUCGUCCCAGGAGUUGGUGACAUUCAAGGAUAUUAUGGUGGACUUCACCAAGGAAGAGUGGGGGCUCCUGAACCCUUCUCAGAAGGAGCUCUAUAAGGAGGUCAUGCUGGAAAAUGUCCAGAAUCUGCUGUCCCUGGAUGUGGAGACCAAAUUUGAAAGGAAUGAAAUGACUAGAAAGCUGGGAUAUUUUGUGGAAACCUGUGAACUGCAGCGAUUCAUGAAGGAUGGUCCCUGUGACCUCACUUUGAGGGAAACUCAUGACUUUAACAUCCAAGUAGAUAAUCCAAAGAGUGACUGUGAAUUGGAUGAAAUCAGAAAGAGAUUCAGACAAUCUUCUUUCCUAAAUCACUGUAAGAAAACGAGCUCAGGGAAUAACUGUCUUCUGGAUAGUGAAUAUAGGAAAUGUUUUACCGAACAAGUAGAGCUUUUUCAUUCCCAGAAGAAGCCCGCUGAAAUACUGAUGAAUCCAGAUAAUCAAUGGGAAAUGGCCUUCAGCAAGAAUUCAGACCUCAUUAGACAGCAAAAAAAUGAUAUUAGAGAAAUGUGUUAUGGAAGUAAUCAAGCUGGGAAGGCCAUGAGUCAGAUCUCUAAGCUCAUUAGCCACUGGCAAAUUCACAAGAGAAAGCAAUCUGAUAAAAAUAUUGAAUGUGAAGCAAUCUCAUCCCAUCAUUCAUCUCUUCCCAACCAUUGUGUAGUAGAUCCUGGAAUAAAAACAUAUGCAUUUGGUGAGUAUGAGAAGGCUUCUGGUAAGAACUCAGAUCUUGAUGGACUGCAGAAAAUUCAUAUUGGAGAGUUUUAUAAAUGUUUUGAAUGUGGGAAGGCAUUCCCAAGAAAGUCUAAUCUUCGUAAACAUCAGAGAAUCCACACUGGAGAGAAACCUUUUGAAUGUAAUCAAUGUGGAAAGGCUUUCACAAAGAAGUACCAUCUUGUUGAACAUCAGAGAAUCCAUACUGGAGAAAAACCUUUUGAAUGUAAUCAUUGUGGAAAAGCUUUCUUACGCAAGAGAAAACUUACUGUACAUCAGAGAAUUCACACUGGAGAAAAACCUUGGGAAUGUCAUCAGUGUGGAAAAGCUUUCAUACAGAAAAUAAGUCUUGAGGAACAUCUCACAAUUCACUCUGGAGAGAAACCUUUUGAAUGUUCUCAAUGUGGAAAAGCUUUCUCACGCAAGGGAAACCUUAUUGAACAUCAGAAAAUCCACACUGGGAAAAAAACUUUUGAAUGUAAUCAAUGUGGAAAAGCUUUUGGAAACAGUUCCAUUCUUGCUAAACAUCACAGAAUCCACACUGGAGAAAAACCUUAUAAAUGUAAUCAAUGUGGAAAGGCUUUUCCAUUCAGUUCCAUUCUUGCUUAUCAUCAGAGAAUCCACACUGGAGAGAAACCAUAUAAAUGUAAUCAUUGUGGAAAAGCUUUCUUGUGGAAGGGAAAUCUUAUUGAACAUCAGAGAAUUCACACUGGAGAAAAAACUUUUGAAUGUAAUCAAUGUGGAAAGACUUUCACACAAAAAAAAGGUCUCGGUCAGCAUCAGAUGAUCCACACUGUAGAGAAACCUUAUAAAUGUAAUCAAUGUGGGAAGGCUUUUGUAUACAGUUCCAUUCUUGCUAAACAUCAGAAAAUCCACACUGGAGAGAGACCUUUUGAAUGUAAUCAAUGUGGAAAAACUUUCAGACAAAAGGGACAUCUUACUGUACAUCAGAGAAUUCACACUGGAGAAAAACCUUUUGAAUGUAUUCAUUGUGGAAAAACUUUCAAACAGAAGGGACCUCUUACUGUAACACAUCAGGAAAUUCAUGUUGAAGAAAAAUCUUUGGAAUGUAAUCAAUGUGGAAAUUCUUUCACAUGCAAAAAAAAAUCUUGGGGAACAUCUCAGAAUCCACACUAAAGAGAAACCUUGCAAAUGUAAUUAAUGUGGAAAGACUUUUGGACAGUUUCAUUCUUGCUGAACAUCAGAAAAUCCACCCUGGAGAGAAACUUUUUGAAUAUUAUCAGUAUGGAUAGACUUUAACACAGAGGUCCACUCUUGCUGAACAUCAGGGCAUUCAUACUGGAAAAAAACUUUAUGAAUGUAAUCAAUGUUGAAUGAUUUACACUGAGCUCCAUUUUUUUAAAAAGUAAUAAUGGGUUUUUAAUUUUCAACAUAGAUGUAAAGAGUUUUCAACAUUCACCUUUGCAGAACCUUGUGCUUUGAAUUUUUCUCCCUUCUUCUCCAACUCCCUUUCCCUACAUAGCAUGUAAUUCAAUAUAAGUUAAACAUGUGUAAUUCUUGUAAACAUAUUUCCACAUGUAUUAUAUUCCACAAGAAAAAAUCAGAUCAAAAGGGGCAAAAAAAAAAAAAAAAAACAAGCAAGCAAACAACAAAAAAGAUGAAAAUGCUAUGUUGUGAUUCACAUUCAGGCUCCAUAGUCUUUUCUCUGAAUGUAAAUGGCUCCCUCCCUCACAAGUCUAUUGAAUCACCUUAUUGUAGAAAAGAGCCAAGUCCAUCACAGGUAAUCAUCAGAUAAUCAUCUUCUUACUGUGUGCAAUGUUCUAUUGGUUCUACUCAUUUCACUCAGCAUCAGUUCAGGCAAGUCUUUGCAGCCUUUUCAGAAAUGAGCCUGCUGAUCAUUUGUUAUUGAAAUAUAAUAUUCCAUUACAUUCAUAUACUAUAACUUUUUCUGCCAUUCUCCAACUGAUGGACAGCCAUUAAAUUUCCAGUUCCCUGUUGGUAGUGAAAGAGCUGCUCCAAAUAUUUUUGCAGAAAUGGGUCCAUUCCCCUCCUUUGUGAUGUCUUUGGGAUACAAACCCAGUAGAGAGACUCCUGCACCCAAGGGUGUGCAUAGUUUGGUAACCCUUUGUGCUCUCCAGAUUGGUUGGAUCAGUUUACAACUCCAACCAACAAUGUAUUCGUGUUCCAUUCUUUUUCCAUAUCUCCUGCAACAUUUAUCAUUAUCUUUUUUUGUUAUCUUAGUCAAUUUAAGAGAUAUGAAUUGGUACCUGAGUUUUCUUAAUUUGCAUUUCUCUAAUCAAUAGUGAUUUUUUUCAUAUGGCUAGAAAUGGCUUUGAUUUCUUUAUUGGGAAAUUGUUCAUAUCCUUUGACUAUAUCCAUUGGGGAAUGGUAUGUAGUCUUAUAAAUUUGAGUCAAUUCUCUAUAUAUUUUAGAAAUAAGACCUUUAUCAGAAGCACUACUCAUAAUUUUUCCCCCUAGCUUUCUAUUUUUCUUCUACUCUUGUCCACAUUUGUUUUGUUUGUACAAAACUUUUUUUAUUUAAUGUAAUCAAAGCUAUUCAUUUUGCAUUUCAUAAUGUUCUCUAGUUCUUCUUUGGCCAUAAAUUCCUUCAUUCUCCACCGAUCUGAGAUAUAGACUAUCUCUUGUUCCUCUAAUUUGUUUAUUGUAUCACCUGUUAUGUCUAAAUCAUGAACCCAUUUUGACCUUUUCUUGUUAUAGAGUGUUAGGUGAUGCUCAAUACCCAUUUUCUGCCAAAAUAUGUUCCAAUUUUUUUAACAAUUUUUGUCACAAUGAGUUCUUGGCUCAGAAGCUGGAGUUUUGGGGUUUGUAAAACACUAGAUUACUAUAGUCAUUGAGUACUAUAUCUUCCGAACCUAACCUUUUCCACCACUACUCUGUUUUUCAUCCAAUACCAAAUGGUUUUGAUAACUGCUGCUUUAUUAUAUAGUUUUAAGUUUGAUACAGCUAGACCACCUUCCCUUGCAUUUUUUCCCCAUUAAUUUCUUUGAAAUUCUUGACCUUUUUGUUCUUCUGGAUGAAUUUUGUAGAUUUUUUUUCUAACCCUUUAAAAUAAUUUCUUGAUAGUGUGAUUGGUAUGGCACCCAAUACAUAAAUUCAUUUAGGUAGAAUUGUCAUUUGAAAAAUAUUACCUUAGUUUAUCCCUGAGCACUUCACAUUCUUCUAAUUGUUUUGAGCUAACUUUAUUUAUGUGAAAAGUAUUUUGUAAUUUUGUUUAUAUAGUUCCUGGCAUUGUCUUGACAGGUAGACUCCUAAAUAUUUUAUAUUAUCUACAGUUAUUUUAAUUGAGAUUUCUCUUUCUAUCUCUUUUUACUGAACUUUAUUGGUAACAUAUAGGAAUGCUGAUGAUUUAUGUGGGGUUAUUUUAUACCCUGCCACUUUUCUAAAGUUGUUCAUUGUUCCUAGUAGUUUUUUAGUUGAUUUUCUAGUAUUCAUUGAAUUCCAAUCUUGCUAAAUAUCAGAAAAUCCAGACUGGAGCUAAAUCUCAUGAGUGUGGUGAAUAUAGCAGAGCUUUGACUUCUCAUUCUUAACAUAUUUAACAGAAGAGAUUGGUUCCCCACUUGAGGGAAAUCUUGUGCAUUAUGUCAAAGUGGUAAUGUCUUCCAACAACAAUCAUUUCUUAUUUUCCAUCUCAGAAUUCGUAUAAGAUAGAAACCUGAUCAUUGUCAUGAAUAAGACACUCAAAUGGGAUUCAUAUUUUUUUUUUUUUACUUAGAACAAUCUGAGGAGCAGUUUCCUGGACACUCUGUGUGGGAAGGUUUUUAAUCAGAGAACUUUUCUCACUUUCUCUCUCAGUAUUCAUUGAGAAGUCUUAGAAAUAGGUUCAUGUGGCUGUGCUUUUCCCUGGAGGAGGAGGAUCAGCAAACAACCUUAUUGUUAAUGGAAGGAAGAUGAAUGAAGGCAAUGCUUGUAGGACUGUCCUCUGGGGAAAUCAUGCUGCAGAUAAAGUUUAGAUAAUCCACACUGGGAAAAUAAAUUAUGGAUGUAAUUAAGGUGGAAAGGCUUAUAGAAUGACAUACCUUCUUUUUUUAUUAUAGCAGAAUUUUUCAGCAUUGACAAUUGCAAGAUCUUUUGUUCCAACUUUUCCCUCCUUCCCCCAUCCCCUCCCCCAGAUGACAGAUUGACCAAUACAUGUUAAAUAUGUUAAAGUAUAAGUUAAGUAUAAUA